CCAACAAUGUCACCCAACAGCACCAACGGCGUUCACUCGAUAUCUCGACCCCUCAAUCCAGGUAUCUACGCCCCUAUUCCUUCCUUCUUCCUCCCAGGAAGCGAAGAUCUUGACAUUCCAUCGUUCAAAACCCAUGUCGUCCGCAUCGCAUCUGUGGGGGUCGGGCCCCUUAUCGCUGGUUCGAUGGGAGAGGCAAUCCAUCUGUCGCAUGUUGAGCGUGUGCAAUUGAUCCAGGAGGCACGUAAAGCAUUGGACGAAGCGGGUCUUGUGAACGUGCCCCUUAUUGCUGGGACUGGUGCUGGGAGUACCAGAGAAACUAUCCAACUCACCAAUGAGGCAGCAGAAGCUGGGGCGGAUUACGCCAUUGUUAUUGCGAGUGGGUACUUUGCCGGCGCGUUGGCGGGCAAUCGUGAAGCGCUCCGAGCGUUUUGGGUAGAAGUUUCAAAAACGAGUCCAAUUCCAGUCAUGAUUUACAACUAUCCUGGAGCAAGCGGGGGCAUAGAUGUGGAUUCUGAUCUUAUCACUGAACUUGCCACCAGCUGUCCCAACAUUUGUGGAGUGAAACUCACAUGCGGCAAUGUUGGUAAACUGACGAGAAUUGCGAACGUUGUGUGCGACGCGAGUUUUGCAUCGGCGUAUCCUCGCAAGGAUCCCCAAGCACCUUUCCUUGUUUUGGGCGGGUUCAUAGACUUUCUGGUUCCGUCGAGUUACGUGAACGCACAUGGUGCUAUCACUGGUCUGGGGAACGUUGCACCGCAUGCGAUUGCGAAGCUCUUUGCGCUUACGGAAGCGUCGAGGCAAGAUGCAACCCUGCUUCCCGAAGCGCUACGAUUGCAAGGAAUCAUUGCGCGUGCAGACUUUACGAUUGCGAAGGCAUCGAUUGCGGGAACGAAAUAUCUUCUAGAGAAGUUGUAUGGGUACGGUGGAGUUCCACGGAAACCUCUUGUUGGGAUUGAUGAUCGUGCGGGACAAGCGCUGUGGCAUCACCCGCACACACAAGCGCUUAUUGAACUUGAGAGGAUUGUAUCACAUGACCAUAAACUUACAUAAACCUGUAUCAUGCUAUAUCUCUCGGAGUCACUCAAGAGUCACUUUCA